UAUUACAGCGUAAUAACAUUUAAUCAUCCACAAAAAUAGAGAAAAGACAGUCGCAAUCCCAGCCCCGAAAACUCAUCCUCUUGUUCAUCCAACUUUCACCAUCGCUGGAGCAAACCCGCCGUUUCUCUCCCUGCUUUUCAUAAUUUAAAAGAAACUAGAAAACAAACCAAAAUCCUCCCAGAACCAGAUCUACUUCCGCAAAUCCAAAACAAUUACUUCAUUCGAAUGAAUCAGAAUCGAAACCUGGGAUUUUAAACUCAUAGAUUUUGAAACGGCGGAGGUGCUCCCUCAUUUUCUAGCCGAGCAGAAAUGGGGGAUUUCAAUUUAGCCCUUGUGAUCGUGGCCAUCAUUGUGUGCGUACUGGUUUUUAUAUUUAAUGUCUACCUCCUCGUCAAUUACCAGCAUCCAGAUGACGCUAACCAGGCGUAUUUUCCGAAAUUCGUCGUGGUUUUUGGGCUCUCCAUCGCUGCCAUCUCCAUUCUCAUGCUCCCUGCUGAUGUGGCCAACCGGCAGGCCUGUCGCCACGCGAUUUAUAACGGCGCUUGCAACCUUACCCUCCCAAUGAAGGAUUUGUGGCUCGCUGUUUACAUUAUCGACGCACUACUUGUUUUCUUUGUCAUUCCGUUUGCUAUGUUCUAUUACGAAGGCGACCUAGACAAGACCGUCUGGAAGAGGAUGAAAAGUGCAUUGCUGUGGGUGAUUGUGACAGCUGUUGUGUGUGCUCUUCUUCUGGGAAUUUUAUAUGGGCUUGUGGGAAAGGUGGACUUCACUGUUAGGCACCUCUCCUCAUCUACUGUGUCCUUCCCGUCAUCAUGGGACUUCUCCAGUGGUCAACAAUGUAUUGGAAAUGGCGCUAAACAGUGCUCUGCCUAUACUGCCAAUGCUUCAUCUGAGACAACAUGGACUAUGCGCAGUACCUUCCCAGAAUAUGUUGUAGCUCUCGCUACUAUUGUUGGAUCCGUACUUUUCACUAUAUUUGGAGGUGUUGGCAUUGCUUGCCUUCCACUUAGUCUCAUAUUUUCAUUUAUCCGGCGUCCAAAGGCUGUUAUCACACGUUCGCAGUAUAUCAAGGAAGCAACUGAACUGGCCAAAAAGGCUAGAGAACUGAAAAAAACAGCUGAUGCACUUCAUCAGGAGGAAAGGAGUGGCAACAAGGGAAGAAAAUGGCGUAAAAAUGUGAAAGCUGUAGAAAAGGAGCUACUUCUUCUGGAAGAAGAUGUUAAGGCUUUGGAAGAGAUGUAUCCUCAAGGUGAACAGGCAGAGGCAACUUGGGCUAUGACUGUUCUUGGCUACCUUGCCAAACUUGUGCUUGGAGUUGUAGGGUUGAUUGUUUCGGUGGCUUGGAUUGCACAUAUAGUGAUAUAUUUGCUGAUCGAUCCUCCUCUUUCUCCAUUCCUCAACGAGGUCUUCAUCAAAUUGGAUGAUGUUUGGGGUCUUCUGGGAACUGCAGCAUUUGCAUUUUUCUGCUUCUAUCUCCUGCUUGCUGUUGUUGCUGGUGCAAUGAUGCUUGGCCUAAAAUUGGUUUUUAUUACAAUCCAUCCCAUGAAAUGGGGAGCUACGCUUAUGAACUCAUUUCUUUUUAAUGUGGGCCUCAUUCUUCUUUGCUCAAUCAGUGUGAUUCAGUUCUGCGCCACUGCAUUUGCCUACUAUUCCCAAGCUACCGCAGCUCAAGAAAUAUUUGGUCAUACAUUGCAAUCUCUACGGGGAAUCAAAUAUUUGUACAAGUAUAAUGUGUUUCAAAUUGCCUUCAUUAUUCUGGCGGGUCUCACAUUUGUAUAUUAUUCAGCUUUUGGAUGGAAAAGAAGAAAGCCUAGUGGUAGAUUACAACUUUCUACAUGAACGUGUCACUGUAAACAGAUUUAACACUUGCAGCCACCGGACUAGUCCAUUAUUUUACAGAGCAAUCUUUUAUCUCGGAUUCACUUGGCUGGGUUUUGUUUUGAUUUCAUUGCUUGGAGAAAAGACUUAAAAAUCAUUUGAGAGCCAACUCACUGCAGCAGAGGAAUUUCCAUGAUCAUUCUGUUGGGCAUUGCUGCUGUUGGAUGUGCGGCUUUCACUUGUUUUGCCCCUGGUGUAUGUAUCAGUCGUUUGAUUAUGUCGUAAAUUGCAUAUUGUGAAUUAUUGCUGCGAGAAAUAGAUGAUUAAUCUUCUUAUACAAUACAAUCAAUGAGAGAGAGAGAGAGAGAGAGAGAGAGAGAGAGAGAGAGAGAGAGAGAGUUUGUCCAGUAGUCUGGUCGCCGUCAAUCUUGACCAAGUAGCAGUGUUUCUUAUUCAACCUAUGAAUACCAUCUAAUCUAUAACUUUUUUUGCUGAGUA